UUUAAUAAUUCAAUUCAAUUUGAAAUAAUCUUUAAAAAAAAUCUAAAAAUAGCCCCAUAUUUUGAACUUUGUAAAAGAUGGCUUUUCGAACAACAUCUUAUUUAUUAUCAAAGUUUGGAACACAAAACUUAACAAAAGUUUCGUUAUUAAAUGGGGUACAAAAUGUAAUAAUGUGUGACUCAAAAACACGAAACUCUUUAUCAACCCCGAUGAUGGAUAAUUUAAUAAAUUCAAUACGCGAAGGGGGCUUAAAUGAUGAAGUUAGAGUUAUCGUUUUAUCAUCAGAAGGACCUGUUUUUUCAGCUGGACAUAACUUUAAAGAAUUGCUUCCUGAAUUAGGUAGGAAAGAGCACGAAAAAGUUUUCAAUAAAUGCGCCGAAUUGAUGAUGUCGAUUGUGGAAAGUCCAGUUCCGGUUAUUGCGAAAAUUAAUGGAGUAGCCGCCGCCGCCGGGUGCCAAUUAGUCGCUCAAUGUGAUAUGGCGAUUUGUACAACGAAAAGUUCGUUCUCAACACCGGGAGCAACUUUCGGUAUUUUUUGUUCAACCCCUGGAAUUCCAUUAGCACGAUGCGUCCCAAAAAUGAACGCCCUCCAAAUGUUAUUCACCGGGCUUCCGAUAAGCGCUCAAGAAGCGAAACAAAUCGGGCUUGUUUCUAAACUUUCAACCGAAGAAUCUUUACAGGACGAUUUAGAUGUAAUAACUUCGGCGAUUAUAUCGAAAAGUCGCGCGGUCAUCGAAUUGGGGAAACGAUUUUAUUACAAACAAAUUCAAUUUGAUUUAAAAAGCGCGUAUGAAAUGGGGGGAACUACUAUGGUCGAUAAUAUUAAUUUACCAGAUGGGCAAGAAGGUGUUAAAAGUUUUAUUGAGAAGCGUAAAGCUAAAUGGGUUAAGUGAGAAAGAAAUGUAUCUAAAAAGUGUAAAAUAAAAUGAUGUAAAGGUUUGAUAUUAAAAAUAUGUGAACUUUCUGUACUUUCAACUGGUCGUUUAUUAAAAUAUAAUUAUCUGACUACUUUCA